AUGGAGGACCUAGGCAAACUGAUGAUGUCUGCGANAAGAGGCUUGGGUGGCACCGAGAUGAACCCAGGUGACGCCAUAGGAAGCGCGAACCUGGCAGCGCUAGGGAGGGCGACGCUGGAGCAAGGAAGGGUGACGUCAGACACCAAGGGCACUAUUGGACGAGCUGGGCCCACGAUGCAAGCGGUGCGCCCAGGGUGUGCAGGUGAGCAAGGAGGCAGGCGCCAAGACAAGGAUCCGCAGGCGAGCGAGGAGGCAUGGGCUAAGGCAAGGGUGUACAGGCAGGCAAGGAGGCAGUUGCCAAGUAGGGGUGUGCAGGCACUGGAGCGCAGACGACAAGCGACGGGUGCAGGGGCCAGGCACUAG